AUGUAUCUGGAAACACCACUGGCGCGCCUGGCGAGGCUUCUAUGGGGCCUCCUGGGUGGCUUCCGUCUCUUCCGGCACCUCCGCCAGUCGCCGAGAUUAGUGGCUAACGCUCGAAUCCAGGGUUCGAUCAACAAGGACAUAUCGCGGUACGAAGCAACCGCCGUGUACACCCAUCCAGACGCCAAGGUCGACAUCAUCCUCGUCCAUGGCUUGAACGGGGAUCCGCAAAGGACAUGGACAGCCAAGACGAAUGGUGUCUUCUGGCCGACGGACCUGCUGCCGACCACCCUCAAGGAUGCUCGUGCGAAUGUGCUCGUGUACGGGUAUAACGCCGACGUCUACUCCAAGAAGCAUGGCACAAGCCCGAGCGACAACUUCAUCUAUCUACACGCGCAGACCAUGGUCACUUCCCUAACCCAUUUCCGCAAGGAUGAGCUAUCAUCCCGCAACCCUAUAAUAUGGGUCUGUCACAGCCUUGGCGGCAUCCUCACCAAAAGAGCACUGCUUUACUCAAACGACCUCAAGUCUGCACAGCACGAGGAAUACCGGUCACUCUAUGUCUCGACGUAUGGCAUGGUCUUUCUCGGUACGCCCCACUCGGGGUCUGAUGUCGCUGCUUGGGGGACCAUCAUUCAAGCCAUGUCAGAUGCAGUGGUGCCAAAGUCCAUCUUCCACUCCGAGCCUGUCCUGCUAAAGACACUCAAGCGCGACAAUGAAACGCUGCAGAACAUCAAUAACCAUUUCUUGGACAUAUACCAGCGCUUCAAGAUCAUCAUGGCCCACGAGUCUCACAUGACCGACCUGAAGGCGACCAAGAUGCUCAUCGUCGACCCCAUCUCUGCUGGGCCUCAGCUUCCUGGAGUACUCUAUUUCGGCAUCGAAGCGACGCACUCAAACAUGUGCAAGUUUGACAGCAGGAAUGCCCCGGGAUACCGCACGAUGAUGACAGCUAUCAGAGACUGGGUGCUAGAUGCACCAGCAGUCAUUGCCGUUCGGUGGCGAGUCGAGGAUGAGGAGAGAUUCGCUCGCGCACAGCACGAAAUCGCAGAGAGAAUGCAUACUUGGGGCCAGUCUCAACAGGCUUUGCCACCACCUACUGCCUUCCACCGCCAGGAUAAUCAAACAACAUCGGUUGCAGAGGCGUCUCCACAGGCAAAUACGCCGUUACCGGCGCUUGACGACAGCCAGCAUCAACCGAAAAGCAACCAGGCUGGACAGUUGGAGCACGAAUCACAAAAGUCAGCUUCGGAGGACCAGACUUCAUCAAAGGGUCCUAUCUCCGUCAAGCCAGCCUUAUUCCGACCGAAUACGCACUUCAAAGGGCGCGAAGCUGAACUCAAAACAUUGCACAAGAUGCUUAUGGAUCGCGAACGCAGAGCCACGGGCACUGCGUCUGUCCUCAUCCAAAGUAUGCCUGGGGGAGGAAAGUCUCAGAUGGCUCGCGAAUACGUCUUUCGGCAUAAGCGCCACUACCCUGGUGGUAUCUUCUGGAUCAGAGCAAAAUCUCUCGAGGAGCUCGAAGAAGGAUUCUGGGACAUAGCCAGGACAGCCCAUCUCGUGGAGACAGAGGGCCUUGAUGUCCAAGUGCCGGAUAAUACCAUUGCGGUGAUCAACGCGGUGCGAAAGUGGUUCAACCGCAGAGAAAACUGGCUACUGGUCCUGGAUGGCGUUCACUUCGACAUGCCAAGUCUGCAGUCUUUCAUACCGUUCGCCAAGAAUACCAGCAUACUAUAUACUUCGACUGAAAAAGCAAUCGCUGAUGACUACUUGUUCGACAACCCCAAGGUCAUUGCCCUCGAUCGACUGUCCGUGCAGGAUGCCAGAGAGCUCCUGCUAGAAGAAAUGGGCAAAGGCCAGCCGUUCAAUACAGACGAUCUGAGUCGAGCGACCGAGCUUGUCAAUCUCAUGGAUCGACUGCCUCUCAUGAUACAUGUGGCAGGCAGUCAUCUCAAAGCCACAAAAGAACCACUCGCAAACUACCUGAGAUCGUUUCAAAAUAGGCCAAAAGCAGGUCAUUUGCAAGCUUACCUGGAAGUCCGACGGCAACUACAGGACAGAGGAUUCGUCGCUGCCCUCAAUCUAAUGUACAUCUUAGCUUUUUUCGGCCAGCAUGUGCCCGUGGAGAUGAUCGCGCUAGGCACCAAGGCUCUCGAUAGAAGUACGCCUGUGAAGUCUCGCAGCCUGGACAACGGCAGGAGUUCUUUGACGCAAACUUUUCAGAUCUUAAUAUCCUUUGCGCUGAUCGAUAGAAACAUCUGCCAAGAGCCGUCUUCUGGCGGGUCACACAGUGAUCGGAGUGUCGACAUGGAUCGGGAAAACCUAGACGUUCUUCAUCUGCACGGUAUUGUGCAGGCAUUCUUUGUGGAUACGCUUGCAGACGAGAAGGAAGCGCAUUUCUGGCUAGAGCAAUCAAUACGCGUUCUAUGUCGUGCUUUUGACGACUGUGAGACGCGCAUCAACGACUCCAGCGUCAUCGGACUUCCAGAAGACUUCCGCCGCUUUCGUCUGCACGGUAGCCGGCUUUUGGGUCACCUCGACCGAUUCGAGAAGCGUUUUCCAGAACUCGGUUACUGGCGCCAAGUCCUGUCGGCUCGGCUCGACCUGGUAGAAGGAAUCAUCAACGAGCUCAAACAGAGAGUGGCGGAAUCAGAGAGCAAUGCUGUAGGAAACGUCAUGCUCACAUCUGUGUUCGACCGCUUGGAAAGCCUCUCAGAGAAUGACACGGAAACACCUGCUAGUGGAAUCGGCAUGACGGACUACUUCGAGACCAACGAACCGCCAAUAUACUCUUUCCACGUCAACUACACCAAGGCAGUCGUCAAUAGAUUUGCGUCAAUCAUCCCUCGUUGCGCCUGGGACUAG